AUGGAUGGUGGGAAAUCUCCCGCAGGUGAUCGGAACGACGUUCGUUUGCAGAUAUCAGAAACUGGCAGUGGGAAUACAAUGUUUGAGCCGAGGGCCAAUAUCACGAUGAGAGAAAGUAGUAAUGUGGACUUUGCAUCACCAAUGAAACCUGCAGUCCGUGCACCGGAGAAGAAGCUGACGCUUUUUGCUCUCCGGUUGGCGGUACUUGAGAAAGCGGCGACAGGGCUGGGAACUCUUGGGUUCAUCUGGGCAACUGUGGUUCUUCUUGGUGGUUUUGCUAUAACAUUAGAUAAAACUGAUUUUUGGUUCAUCACUAUUAUUCUGUUGAUUGAAGGAACUCGAAUAUUCAGCCGGAGUCACGAGCUAGAAUGGCAGCACCAAGCAACAUGGUCGAUUGCUGAUGCUGGUUUAAACAGCUUUCGGGCACUGAGGGCCAGCUCCCACUUCCUGGUUGAAAAGAUCAAAGCAACUUUCAAGUCAGUUAUUGCAUUAGGAAAGCAAAGUCGAGGUCGAGAUAUAAGAGGAAUUUCAAAUGCUAGCAACCGAGGAAUGUCGGAGCAGUCGAAGAUACCUACUCGGCAAUGGAGCACAUCAGAUGUUCCUCUUUUGCCAUAUGCUCAAUGGGUUUUCCUGUCAAAAAACAUCAGCAAACUUCUCUAUUGGCUUCAGCUUAUAUCUGCAACAGCUUGUGUGGUGCUCUCGCUAAUGAAAUUGAUCAAGCACAACUAUGGCAAUAUAGCAAAGGGAGACACGGACAAGAGGAAUAGGCGCGCUGCUCUCAGCAUCUUCUAUGGCUUGGCAUUGGCAGAAGCUUUGUUGUUUUUAAUAGAAAAGGCUUACUGGGAAUGGAAGGUUAUCUUCAGGAAGGUAUUGGAAAAGGUGAAUAAAGAAUGUGAAUUGGGUCCUUCCGGCAUGAUCUCAACGAAAAGAUUCUUUUACGACGCAUAUUCAAGAUGUGUCAACGGAAGUAUUUUCGAUGGCCUGAAAAUGGAUAUGGUCUCUUUUGCAAUGGAGCUCCUAGAUUCAAGUUUUCCUGAUGAGCAGCUCAUUGGAGUGAGGAUUCUUCGACGGUUUUCGAUGAACCAGAGAUUUUCUGAUGACACGCUUGAAAAGAUAGGGGUGAAUCUUGCUGUUAUAGAAAGAUUAGUGGAGAUGUUGAACUGGAAAGACCCACAAGAAGAAGAGAUCAGGCUAUCAGCAGCUGAAAUACUGUCAAAACUAGCAGGAAAAAAGCAGAAUUCAUUAAGAGUUGCUGGGAUACCUGGCGCCAUGGAGUCGAUAUCAUCUUUACUCCACAACAGUCGAAGCUCCCACGUUUCUGCAGAUGAAAUAAGCGAAAAGAAGAUCAUCCACGACCGUGUGAACUAUGCAUUCUGGACAUUCAAUCACUUGGGACUUGUCAUUCUAAAAAAACUUGCACGAGACCACGAUAACUGUGGUAAGAUUGGAAACACAAGAGGCCUCCUGCCAAAAAUCAUAGAUUUCACUCACGCAGACGAAAGGCUAUUGAAAGACGAACAUGUCGCGCCAUCACAGAUUCAAACAGUCAAAAGAUCACUACAAGUGGUGAAGAUGCUGGCAAGCACGACAGGCACGACAGGAAAAUUUCUCCGGAAUGAGAUAGCUGAGAUAGUUUUUACAAUCAGCAACAUCAGGGAUGUACUGCGGUACGGCGAUAAACAUCCAUCACUUCAGCAACUAGGCAUUGAAAUCUUAACCAGUUUAGCGCUGGACGAGGAUACAACCGAGAGAAUUGGUGGUACUGGUGGCAUUCUAAAGGAACUGUUCAGAAUUUUCUUCAACAAAGAGAUAGCGGAGACUCACAACCAUGCAAGGAUAGCGGCUGGAGAAGCACUGGCAAUGCUUGCAUUGGAUAGCCAAAGCAACUGUAAUCGAAUUCUGAAGCUGGAGGUGCUGGAAAACCUGGUAUCAACUUUGGAGAUUCCGUUGCUUCGCGUGAACGCUGCACGAAUAUUGAGAAAUCUGUGCAUUUACAGUGGCGCAGAAGGUUUCAACAAGCUCAGGGGAGUUGCAGCUGCAGCUUCAACAGUGGUUCGGGCAAUCAAAUCAGAAGAACAGAAACUACAGGAAGUAAUGAUCGGACUAUCAGCACAAAUUUUGAAAUUCACAACAUCCUACGAAGCCGCCAUCACAUUCGAGAGGGCCGGCACGACGCAGGCCGAAUUGGCGGCGACAUUGGUCCAGAUUCUAAAGAGGCAUAAAAAUCCACCAACUAAAACGCCGCAGAUUCGGCGAUUCGUAAUAGAAAUGGCGAUUUGGAUGAUGAGGGAAAAAACAGAGAACAUACAUUUCUUCGAGGAAUUAGGGAUGGCGAAGCAACUGGAGGCCGUCUUGGAAACCACUUCGGAGCUUGAAAGCUUCAACAUCUUCUCCGGCACCGUCGGGCUGAGCCGCCACCGCAUCACGAUGCAUUCGCUCGCUGAAACCGCAUUGGGCCUCUUGGGAAGAUGGUGAUUCGCACCGUUCAUCUGGAAAAUGGCGUUAAUUGGCGCCAUAAAUUCUCUCCAUAAUUCUUUCUU